AAAAAAAUGGCAUUUGAUAAGAAAAAUGCUAUAGCUCCAGUAAUUAUAGAAGAAUUAGAUGAAAAUGCUUUAAAUAACAUGAAUGUUGAUAUGACAGAAUUUGUUGAAGCAAAAGCUUUAGAAAUAGAAGAUGUAUCACAAAAUAUUAUAUCCGAUGUUUAUUCUGAACAAAGCACUUCUGCUAUGGAUAUUACCACAGAGAUAGAAGAUCAAGAUAUAUUAUUGACUGUAGAUGAAGAAAAUCAAUUAACAAAGCAAUUUUUAAAUGGAGAGUUAACAUUUUCUGAGUAUUCUUCUAGAAUGGAUCAAGAUGUAGAUUUAGAAACUGCAGAAUUUGACUUUUCUAGAAAUGAUAUUGAAAAUGAAGGAACAGAAACAAAUAAAACAAUUCAUUGUAAAGUAUUAAAGUCACAAAGUGGAGGACAGGUACGUUAUAAACGAAAAAAGAGGACACUUCCUCCAGUUCUGCAAGGUCUUAUGGGUGAAGCAAAUUUAAGAUAUGCUAGAGGAAAUACAGAAUUAGCUGCUCAGAUAUGUAUGGAAAUAAUUAGACAAGUGCCAAGUGCUCCAGAACCAUUUCAUACAUUGGCAAUGAUAUAUGAAACAGAUCAACCAGAAAAGUCAUUACAAUUUGCUUUGAUAGCAGCACAUCUUAGUCCAAAAGAUGCUGAUCAAUGGGUGAGAUUGGCUAACAUGUCUCUGGAAAGUGGAAAUAUAAAACAAGCUAUAACAUGUUAUAACAAAGCAAUUCAAGCAAGUCCAAAAGAUAUAAAUUUAUAUGAAACACGAGCGCGACUCUUAGAUCGUAAUGGAGAUAAAAGAGCUUAUUUAAAAGGAUUUUUAAAAUUAAUUCAUCAAUUGGAACCUGAAGAUGGUGAACAUAUAAUUAAGUAUGCUAAAAUGUUAGCCAAACGAUAUAUGGAAGAAAAUAAUAAUGAACAAGCAUUAGAAGCAAUGGAAAAUAUUUUUUCCAAAUGUCCCAGUUUUAUCACUUUAGAAGAAGUUAAUAUCAUGACGGAAAUAUUAAUAGCAUUAAAAAAGUUUAAAAGAUGUUUAAAUAUUUUAACUAUGUACACUAGUAUUUGGGUAAAAUAUAAAAUUACUAAUGAUAAACAAAAUACUGAUGUAGUAGUGAAGAAGUGUGGAAAUGAAAAGGAAGAAGAAUCAGUAGAUUGCAAUAUAUGUGAAAUAGAAUCUUGUGGGGUACCAGAUGAUGUUGUUGUUGAUUUGAAAGCAAAAUUUCUUAUAACACUUAUUGAAUUGCAUCAAAUGAAAUUAGCUGAACACCUUUUACCUAAAUUUUACUUAUAUGAAAAUCCAGAAAUUUCUGGUGAUCUUUUUUUAGAUAUAGCAGAAGCUUUAAUGGGAAAAAAAGAGUUUGACCAUGCUUUAAUGUUGUUGGAGCCUUUAGUUAAUAGUAAUAAUUACAGUUUAGCUGCAGUAUGGUUACGACAUGCAGAAUGUUGGGUUGGUUGUAAAGAUUUAAAAAAAGCAAUAAAAUCUUAUGAGGUUGUUAGAAAGUUAUCACCUCAACAUUUAGGUGCAAGGACAGCAUUAGCUAAACUAUAUCAAUUAAAAGGUCAAUAUAACAAAGCAAUAGAAGUUCUUGAUCAAGAUCCAGAAUCAGAUACUUUGGAUCCACAAGUAAUUUAUCAAAGGACAUUACUUCUUUUCAAAGUAAAAAGAUAUGAUGAAUAUCUUCAGUCUGGUAUGUUACUCUUCUCUAGACAUUGUGCAAAUAUAAGAAACAAAGUUGAAUUAAAUGCUUUAACUAGAGCAUAUGUAGUACGACAACGUUUAGAAACAUUGCAACUUCAUCGUCUAUCUCGUGGAGAAAAACUUGAAGAAGGAAAUGCACCGUCGUUUCUAAAUAAUACGGAAUUAAGUGAGAAGAAAGAAUUUCUUUUACUUUUGCAAAUGUGCAAAUUAGCUUGUACACUAAAAAAAUAUGGAUUCUUACAAAGAAUCUGCUUUAGUGCUUUAACAUCAAAAAGAUUUGAAAAACGAAAUUCUCAUAUAAUGUUUUUAUGUUUACUUUCUUGUAUUUAUAAUAAUGAUUCUUACCAUGGAUAUAAUAUUGUGCGACAAUUAAUACGUGUCUGUCAAAAACCAAAUUCUUGGAAUUUAUUAAAUAUUAUUGUACAAAAAGCAGAAGAUUCUAGACAUAAUAGAUUUAUAAUGCGUCUUCUUGGAAGAGAAGAUGUGUUUUCUUAUUUAAAUAUAAUGCAUGCAAACAAUUGUCUUAUUUCGGGAACUUAUAAAUAUGCCCUCAAUGAUUAUAUUUCUCUUUUCAAAGUAGUGCCUAGUGCUUUAUUGGCAUUACUUAUUGGUGUAACUUUAUUACAAAUGGCAUGUCAAAAAUUAUCUGCUAAAAAAAAUCAACUUGUAAUUCAAGCUAUUGCUUUUUUGAAGAAGUAUUCUCAACUACGCAACGAAGACGGUGAACAAGAAGCAUGCUACAAUAUGGGUCGUGCAUUUCAUCAAAUUGGUUUAUUACCAGCAGCAGUAUAUUUUUACAAAUUAGUACUUGAUAAAGAUCCUGGAAAUUUAGUUAAAAAGAACUCACAUCUUUUAGAUUUAAAAAAAGAAGCUGCAUUUAAUUUACAUCUUAUUUAUUUACAGUCUGAAAAUUAUUUACUAGCAAGAAUGUUUCUAGAAAAGUACAUUACAGUUUAG